UACAAAGAAAAUUAAAGUAGUUAAUUAAGUUCUUGUUAGCUAUAACGAGAACCGGUAGAACCGGUGACCAUUAUAACCAUCACAUCUCGUAUAAAUACUCUCUCCUCUUCACACUUAUCUUCUCAACCCAAAAAAAAACUAAGAAACGCGUUUUAAACGAUUUGCAUUAUUUUAUUUUAUUUUCAAAAAAAAAGGGAAAAAGAUCCGAUGACGUCUGGUUCGACCCGGAAAGAAACGGAUCGGAUCAAAGGGCCAUGGAGUCCUGAAGAAGACGAUCUGUUACAAUCGCUGGUUCAAAAGCACGGACCGAGGAACUGGUCUCUGAUAAGCAAAUCGAUCCCUGGACGUUCCGGUAAAUCUUGCCGUCUCCGGUGGUGUAAUCAGCUAUCUCCGGAGGUUGAGCACCGUGGUUUCACGGCGGAGGAAGACGAUGCUAUCAUACGCGCUCACGCUCGGUUCGGUAACAAGUGGGCUACGAUCGCGAGGCUUCUCAAUGGUCGCACCGAUAACGCGAUUAAGAAUCAUUGGAACUCAACGCUGAAACGUAAAUGUAGCGGUGGCGGCGGUGGUGGAGAGAAAGGACAGAGCUGUGGUUUCGGUGGUAAUGGAGGGUAUGAUGGUAAUUUAACAGAUGAACAGCCGUUAAAACGGACGGCGAGUGGCGGUUACAGUGGAGUUGGGGUUGUGGUAACGGCGUUAAGUCCAACGGGAUCUGACGUCAGCGAGCAGUUAAGUGGAUCUGUUAUACCGGUUUCGUCUUCUCGUGUAUUUAAACCGACGGCGAGAGCUGGUGGAGUUGUGAUUGAGUCUUCGUCGACGUCGGAGGAGGAGGAGAAAGAUCCGGCGACUUGUUUGAGUUUGUCUUUGUCUUGGGUCAACAGCGAGUCAACUCCGGGAAGAAGAGACACGGCGGAGUUGUUUCCGGUGAAGAGAGAAGAAGAAGAAGAGAAGGAAAGAGGGAUUAAUGGAUUCGGUGGAGAUUUCAUGACGGUGGUUCAGGAGAUGAUUAAAACAGAGGUGAGGAGUUACAUGACGGAUUUACAGCUAGGGAACGGCGGAGGAAGCGGCGGACGAGGAGGAGGAGGAGCAAGUUCGUGUAUGGUGCAAGGUCGUAAUGUAGGGUUUAGAGAGUUUAUUGGAAUAGGAAAGAUCGAGUAGUGAGAGAGAGAAGAUGAAGAUGAAGAGAUGAAUCAUUUCGUUUUCCUCUGUUAUUUUCUCGGGAAAAUGACUCAGAGAGAAAAGAGUCAAAGUUUGAUGAUUUGAGAUUCAAUUCAUUAGAAAGAAAAAGAAAGAAAAAAACUUUAAUAAAUGGAUUGAUUUUGAUGAAGAA